CCAAAACUACACUCUGUUAACGAGUUGGUAUGUCUUCGCUGGAGUCGAGUAAUGUUCGGCACCAUAAUUGCACAAGUUCACCAGAGUUUGUGAAAACACCAGAAAGUUCGUUGGAUCCGAGAGAUAAAUUGUUUGCUGAUAGUAAACUAAUGUGUUCUUCAAAUUUAAAUGAGACCUAUUGGAUGAAACUGGACAAGUCGUUAAUUGCCCGACAAGAGGUAAAGUCGGUUGUUACUGAUAUGGUACGUUGAUAUUUACUGACUCAUUGGCCAAAAUGAAAUAACUGUUGCUGCUAGUGAUACGUCCUGUUUCUAUCCUUAGUAUUUUGUUCCAAUAUAUUACCAUGUGGCUAACUUCAUUAUUUGAUUUUAGUUCUUACCUAUCACUAGUGUUCACCUAAAACACCCUACCAUGAUUCAAAAACUUUCUCAUGACCUUAGUUUUGUGCUAGUUAGAUUAAGUAUAUGUAUCUGUUUACCACUAUACACUCUUACCUAAAAUUUUGUAAUUUUUACUUAGGCUUCAUAAGUAGUUUAGGCAUCCUGAAAAAAUUUCGAUUUUCGCAUUAAAAAACUACUUCUGAUUAUAAUUUUGCCUAUAUAAAUCAGUAACUAUAGUUUCUUUAAAAAUAGGUUAUCUGUGAACUAUUAUUUCAUUUACCUAUGAAAUUUUUUUGAUUCCAGAAGUCCCGAAAAGAUAUGUUUUCACUAAAUUCCCGACCUGCUUCGCAAACAUUUAAAACACACUCAACCCGAUAUUCUCGUAAAAGUUUGAAAACCCAUUGCAAUAAAAAACAUUCCACAUACAGACAAAGUGAAGAUACUACGGAUUCUGGUAAUGGUCUAUCUUCAACCAUUGGUAUUUUAAAUAACAAAUCUGGUCACGUAACCCAGUUAGCCAACCGUGUCGAGCAUCUUUUAAUUCAGGAUUCUACUAACAUCUUGUAUCAGAACAAGGAAAUACAAUUAGUCUAUCAUAUUGAAAAACCGGACUCCUUGGAAAAUCAUUUAUUUUCUAGCACUAAAAAGAAUCCAAAUAGUCUCAUCCCAAGUCCAGUUACAACCACAUUAUCAUCACCCUGGUAUCGUCAUUGUAGACCAAAAGCCCCUCCUCCAACUUUUCCUUUUUCCACAGAAAAUUCUGUGAAAUGCUGUGAAAGUGAAAGCCGCGAUUUUGAGCUUUGUGAAGGGAGUAACAAGAAUGGAAACGGCCAUCUAGAAUUUGAAUGCGAAAACGCGCUUAAACCUGUCCCAUGUCUACUUUCUUCAGUGUGUUCAUAUUCAGUACACUGUCCAAGUAUACAAGUUCUAGAGGCAGAUCUUAGUCAAGAAAACAUAAACUGGGAUUCAGAUUACCCACUGCCAUCUUCUCUACCUCCUUCCAGUGAUGUCGCACCAACACUAAUGAGUCAUUCUUAUCCCCCCUCACCCGCUCUCAACAACAAUACUGAUGAAGUAUCCAAUACGCUUUCCGGAGCAGUAGCAUAUUUAGAAGAAGUUAAUUUAAAACCUUUGGCUCCCAUAACAAAUAUCUUGCCAAAUGGUGGUUCUUUUAUUCGUCGUCAUCCUAAAUGGGCAGUUCCUUGUAGUUCAGACAUCCUUAGGUCCCAUACAACUGUUCGUUUCCCUGGUUCAAACUCGGUAAUCGAUUUUGAUUUGAAUUCAUCUCCUUCUGUACCAUCCCCUCCUCCUUUGAUUGUGGAACGUUUGCCAUGUGAACUGGAUAUUUCAAAGUCUCAAGAACAGCACUUAAAUUGUUCACCUACUCUAAAUAAUCCUAAUCUAACACGUCCGAUAUUUUUAAAACGUGGAGCAUCUGAUGGUGCAGAACAAAACUCUGAAGAUAUAAUUGGCCUAGAUAUUAACAAGGAAUAUGAUCCACCAUCAACGAUGAAACGCAGUCACUAUUGGGAUCUUACCAACGAGGAAUAUUCACCCAAAAAAAGUCGUGUUCAGUUACUAUUACCAAGUGAAUGUAGCGCAUUUCUCCCAGUAAAGUCAACUCGUCAAUUGGAUCAUAGACAUAUACACUGUAUUUCUCCACCUUAUUUACGAUAGAGACCCAAGUUAAAUCAGUAUUUAAAGUACAAAUUGUAUACUAAAUACUUAGUCUUUCAUAUAUAUAUAUAUAUAUAUAUAUAUAUGUAUAUAUAUAUAUAUAUAUAUAUAUAUAUAUAUAUAUAUAUACUGUACAUUUUAACGGACCAUUGAUUUUUGUUGACAUUUUUGUUAUUUCCGUGACUUAGUGGUUUUGUUAUUUUGCCAUGUACCUACGUACUGCUCUAGUUCUCUAUUUAUUGACUCAUUUUCUUUAUUUUCUCCCAAUACUUCCGUUCGUUUAUUUGUCGUUUCUAUUUCGCUUAACCCUCUUGCCCUUAAAUAUUAUUCAAUAACAUUACGAUCACAACUAUGGUUAUUAUUUUCUAUUGUUUCUCUUUGUGUUCAUCGUGAUUUAUUCUUGAACAAAGAAAGUGAAAAGGAAAAAAGGAAAAUCUCUAAUCCCCUUAAUUUGCUUUGUGUGUUUCCUUUCUGUAUAGCUUUUGUAUGUUAGUUUCUUUUUGUUCAUUGUUAAAAUUUGUUUACUGUAUUUGGCUUUUUUCUUUUUUUGGAUAUUUUGUUAUACUAAAUUUAUUGUACGAAUUAUUGUACUGAUUCGAGUUCUGUCUGGCAGUUGUUUUUCCAUUAAUUUUUGUAACCAUUAAAAUUGUUAGGAAUGGCAAAGUACAAAUGUUCUUAUGUAAGAAGCUCUUUUUUGUUAGUUUCCAGAUAAUUUUCCAUGUUUAAUGUAUACAUAGGGAGAACUGAUUUCUGAUGAUGCUUGGCGGAUCCAGACACCAAUGAAAAAAGGGAUCAUGAUGUCUCGAUCCUAUUAUCAAUUAUUGGUUUAGCAUUGCUUGCCCUAAAUGAUAUGCAUUCAAACACUUGUUCGAUGAAAUAACGAAAUUUAUGUCAUAAACACUGUUUUAUGAAAAAAAGAUGAUAUAAGUAGAGGUUGUCAUGUUAAACAUCCUCAUCAUAUGAAAAGAUAACUGUAAUAAACCUGUCUGCUGUCUACGACAAAUGUUAAGGAAAUAUAGAUGUGUUCAGUAAA